AUGGAAGCCUUACUUAAUGUUAAGAAAUGGAUCGAAGAAAUAGCUUUAGCAAACAAGCAAGGACGAAAGCCGUCGCUUCUUCGCGCUAUGACCAAGACAUUCUGGUUAAGUUAUGCGUCUUCCGGAUUUAUGUUUUUUGUACAAGCCAUCAUCCUUAAACCCUUCCAACCAGUAGCUUUGAGCAUGCUGCUGUUUUAUUGGGAGCCAGGCUCCAAUAUGACUUACGAACAGGCUGUAUACUGCGCUUCUGCAGUCAUCUUGAUAUCACUCCUUAUUGCUUUCCUAAACCACCACGGCACUUAUUCCACUCAACAGUUUGGCAUGAAAGUACGAAUUGCUGCGUGUUCUCUCAUCUAUAGAAAGGUAAUGCGAAUGAGCUCUGGCGCACUGGCUCAGACAACUGCUGGUCAAGUGGUCAAUCUGUUAUCUAACGAUGUGAAUCGAUUCGACUACGCCUUCAUCUACACACACUUCAUAUGGCUACUGCCACUCCAAGUGCUCGUGGUCUGCUAUCUUAUUUACAUUAAAAUUGGUUACGCUGCCAUUGUUGGAGUUAUUGGCAUCGUGUUGCAGACUAUUCCUGUACAAUCUUACAUGAGCAAACUGGCAGCUAGAUUGCGUAUGAAAACAGCGAUAAAAACUGAUGAGCGCGUGCGAAUAAUGGAUGAAAUUAUAAAUGGCAUGCAGGUUAUCAAAAUGUAUGCGUGGGAGAAACCAUUUGAACAGGUUGUGGCUUUGGCUCGCAAGAACGAAAUCAACUGCGUCACCUCAGCGUCCUAUCUACGUGGAGUAUACCUCAGCUUCAUGGUGUUCACAGAAAGACUUUCCCUAUAUAUAACGCUUCUAUCCUAUUCUCUAUUUGGUUAUCAAGUCACUGCAGAUAUUGUAUUUCCAUUGGCGCAAUUCUUCAACACGCUACAAGGCACCCUUUCAAUAAUUAUGUCAAAUGCAGUAUCAUUUUUGGCCGAAGCACUGAUUUCCGUGCAACGCCUUGAAGCGUUCAUGUUACUGGUAGCUAUAUUAUUACCAGCGUCUCUUUCUUUGAUGUUGGAGUCAUAUGCCUCUGUUCUUCGCAUCCAACAAUUAUUACUUUUGGAUGAAAGAGAAGAUCUCCGCAGUGUGGCGGAUGUGGACAUUGCCAAAUUGGUCUUGAGAGCUAAAAAUAAAAAAAUUAAGAAUCUCAGUGAAGUUGACCUACGUUCGAAUACUUUCAAAAAAAUUGAAGAAGAAGGUAUCUAUAACCCAGGUUUCGAUUGCAAUGAGAAAGCACUUAUCUCUCCAGCAAUAAACGCUAAUUCAAUGCACCCAGAUGUCGGCAUUUAUAUUCAAGAUGUCAGUGCCAGCUGGACCGACGGUGGACCCAUUACAUUACGCAAUAUUAAUUUGUCUAUUCCUAAGGGCAAACUAUGCGCUAUCAUUGGAUCAGUGGGUUCAGGAAAGAGUUCGAUUUUGCAUCUGUUACUAAAUGAGUUACGAGCUACUAGCGGCAAGAUUUAUCUUUCUGGACCUUUGUCUUACGCGUGUCAAGAGCCAUGGCUGUUCGUUUCCACUGUGAGGCAAAACAUACUGUUCGGACUUCCAUACAAUUCUAAGAAAUAUAAAGAGGUAGUUAAAGUAUGCGCACUGCAAAAGGACUUCCAACAAUUUCCUCAUGGAGACCAAACCCUCGUUGGGGAAAGAGGUGCAUCCUUAUCUGGAGGUCAACGAGCACGUAUCAACCUGGCGAGAGCUGUGUACAGACAUGCGGAAAUCUAUCUAUUAGACGAUCCUUUAUCGGCAGUGGACGCUCAUGUCGGCCGGCAACUAUUCGACGAAUGCAUUACUGGAUAUUUGCGGCACACGACGCGUGUCUUGGUUACUCAUCAACUUCACUACCUUCAAGCUGCUGACUAUAUAGUUAUAAUGAAUAAUGGCGUAAUUGAAGCCAAAGGAACGUAUGAAGAGUUGACGACAUCUGGUAAAGAUUUUGCUAAGUUGUUGUGCUCAGUUCAAGAAGAUAAAGAAGUCAAUCCAGAAACUGAAAAACCUCCACCGAUGUCAAGACGAACAUCUUCUAGGCUAUCUACAGCAAGGCGUCCGUCUCUGGCAGAUUCUGCUUCAGGAUGUGAUGGUCCCGCACAAGAGAUGGAAGAAGAAGAAAGAGAAUCUGGCUCUAUGGGUUGGCAUGUGUAUGGAGCUUACUUACGAGCUGGCGGACGAACUGGCAGAUUAAUCUUUAUGGUUGUCCUUCUCAUAGUUGGGCAGUUAUCUGCAACCCUCUGCGACUACUGGGUUACGCUCUGGACCAAUGAAGUAACUAGACAAAAAGAAAGAGAAACAAACACUACUGUGAAGGAAUACGAAAGAGUAACACCUGUAGACAACUCUACAUUCACCCUAACAACUUACUUUUCUGGAAUUGACAUAGAACCAAAUUUGGAUAUUCACGCCUAUAUAGGACCUUUAGACACAUCUCAAUAUCUCUAUGUGUAUACGGCCCUCAUUUUUUGUUGCAUCUUCUUUAUAACGGCUCGCGCAUUUAUGUUCUUCAAAGUGUGUAUGACAUCAUCAAGAAAUCUACAUAAUGAUAUGUUCCAUUCUAUGUUACGUGGAGUAAUGCGUUUCUUUGAUUCCAACUCCUCAGGGCGUAUUUUAAACCGUUUCUCUAAGGAUAUUGGAGCAUUAGACGAAUUGUUGCCUCGGUUUCUUCUGGAAAGUAUCCAAAUUUAUCUUGUCAUGUUCAGUAUAUUAGCAUUAAAUGCAGCUGCUUUAGUCUGGACUCUACUACCUACUACUAUUAUACUGCUCUUGUUCUACGUUAUACUUCAAAUUUAUUUGAAAUCUGCACAGUCAAUCAAGCGCUUAGAGGGCACUACUAGAAGUCCUGUCUUCUCUCAUAUGUCUACGACACUAAAUGGCAUUAGUACUAUCCGAUCUGCUGGAGCGCAGCAACGCUUAAUUCAAGAAUUUGAUGGAUAUCAGGACAUUCAUACUUCUACUUGGAGCAGCUAUCUCGCUAGCGGCGUGACGCUCGGUUUUUGGCUCGACUUCAUAUGCGUGCUCUAUUUGGCAAUUGUUAUAGUAGCCUUCCUAGUUAUUGAUAGCAAGACCAUAUUCUCUGGCAACGUGGGAUUAGCGAUAUCGCAGACUCUCAUCUUAACGGGCAUGCUGCAGUUCGGAGUUCGCCAAACAGCGGAAGUGAUCUCACAAAUGACUAGCGUAGAGCGAAUCCUACAAUACACUCAUAUUGAACGCGAACCCCAAUGGGAUAAAGGAACUAAAGAAACCCCUAAAGGUUGGCCUUGGUGUGGACGCAUUGAGUUUCGUAAUUGUUUCAUGAAAUACACUACUGAAGAUUUGCCUGUACUAAAAAAUCUAAACCUAGUCAUCGAAAGCGGUUGGAAGGUGGGAAUAGUCGGCAGAACUGGUGCCGGCAAAUCAUCUCUCAUCUCUUCAUUAUUCCGACUUGCUAUCAUUGAGGGAGAAGUUCUCAUUGAUGAAGUUGAUACCGGACAUCUAUCCCUUCAGGAUUUGCGAUCGAAGAUAUCAAUUAUACCUCAGGAGCCAGUUCUAUUUUCAGCGACCAUUCGUUAUAAUUUAGAUCCAUUUAAUAGCUAUGAUGAUGAAAAAUUAUGGAAAGCUCUGGAAGCUGUUGACUUAAAAGGAGCAAUUCCAGCAUUGGAUUUCAAAGUAUCUGAAGGAGGUUCAAACUUUUCACUCGGGCAAAGACAACUGGUGUGCCUUGCGCGCGCCAUUCUUCGUGGCAAUCGUAUUCUAGUACUAGAUGAAGCAACAGCUAACGUGGAUCCUAAGACCGACGAAUUUAUACAAAAAACGAUAAGAAAACGUUUCUCAGAUUGCACUGUUUUAACAGUGGCUCAUCGACUUAACACAAUUAUGGAUUCUGACAGAGUUAUGGUCAUGGAUUCUGGUCGCCUCGUCGAGUUUGACCACCCUUACAGAUUGUUAAACAAUCCAGAAGGUUACUUCACGAAGAUGGUCAAAGAAACUAGUGAAAAAAUGUCAUCACAACUCUACCAAAUUGCGAAAAAAACCUUUCUCGACAGUGGUGGAGUGAUAGAG